AUGGUCCCGAGUGCUGGAUUCGUGCUCUCUCCCUCUACCCAUCCUGAAGCGUCCCCGGAGGAGUCGGAAAAUUCGAAACCAUAUACGACGGUCCAACUCAAAGCUGCAUUCAAACGAUGGCACAACGCCGUUACCUUGGAUUGUAUUGAAGAGCAAUUCGCCGCACCUGCAAAACCAGUGUCAUACCCCAUUACGAUGGCCUAG